AAGCCUCUUUAACAAACUUAAACAAUUACCAUCUUGACACUAACUCCGCAUCAUUUGCAACUGUUAUUUAUAUUUUUCCUAGUUUGUUUAUGUGCGAAACGUCUAUUAGAAUUUCAAAAUGGAAAAUAAGAGACGCUGUUUAGCAUUUCUAUGUGUGCUGGUUAUUCUUAUUUAUCCAUGUUUGUGUGAAGCGGCAUGUGAAAAUACCAAUCCACCAACCUUGAACGAUAUUUCACACCGAGGAUGGGACGACAGGUCGGAAUACUGGUCGGGUGGUGACGGUUUAAUUCUGAGUGAUCGUGACAUAGACCAGGGAUGGUACAGCGCAGUGUUUAACGGGCGACAGUACCUAAUGACUGACUCUAGAACUACUCCAGACCCAACCGGUUGCAAUUCUUUAUACUCUGUAUACCUGAAAGAGAAACAUCCUUCACUCGAUGAACUGAGUGAAGAUCCGGUAACGAUGACGGCAUGCGGGUUGGACUUUACGCUAGCCUGUGAUUUGCAGUACAACGUAAUGAUCAGAAAGUGCGGAAAGGAAGUUCAGUAUUACCUGAAGCCUACUGCUGAAUACUCAGCAUACUGCUUCGAUCCCGGAGACAUCAUUUACGAUCUGGAUGUACCAGCACCAGACGACGUACACUUGGGAAAAGUACAAGCUAAACCUGAGCUGCGUUUCAAGCGUUCUACACAGACUAUACGAAAUAAACAUGUAACACAAUAUGAACCAUACAUACAAUUUAGCUGCUCCUUUUCGAAUUCAACCAACUACUUUUACACAGUGCAGUGGAAAGUAAAUGACAAGACAGUGAUUACCCUUGGACCUUCCCAAAACAUGGAUGACCUUUCACUUCACGAAAAUAUGUUCAAGGACGUCACCUUUGACUUUAAGGUUCAAUGUUCAGUAGCCGUAUCAUCUGUUAAACAUGGUCAGCAAACACAACCAGUGUAUGGUGAAUACUACCUUGCUGGUGUCAAGAUUUAUAACUCAACCGUGUAUCUGAGAAAAGGUCGGUCAGUGGAAAUAGCUAUGUCAUCCACGCUUCCAAUCGGAUGUAAGUACAACGACCUCACUGGCGGCUUCACUAGCAAGUUCUGCAAGGACGAACUCAGGAUUUAUACAGCAGAACCUCAGCAGUGUCUUCAAGAAACUGUUAACAACAUAGUUAAAAAUGAUUUUUCAAAAUGUGCGGAGUUUAUUCCGACGCUUCCUGUUGGUGAGAAAUGGGAUCCUCAGAAACAAUUUUUCUUUAAAAUUGUUACAUCAGAUAUGGACUACGAAGACAACAACGUUUUUAACCUUAAACUGAAAUUCAGUGAAGGAAUGAAACAUUCAUUCUGGAGAAAUAAAGCUUUACAAGAUGUCCGGGUUAUUGUAACAGACACAAAAGAAUAUAAAGAAAAGAUAUGUUACUCCCAUGUUGACCCACACAUGAGGACGGCCGAUGGCUACUAUUAUGAACAGCACCAAGAAGGGAGAUUCGUCCUUUACUACAAUAAAGAAUAUAGGAUCGAGAUCCAAGAAAGAACAAUGAAAUGCAACAACAAUAGAGCAACAUGCACGAGCGGUAUUUCUAUACGAGCAGGUAAAGAUGUUUUUAUUGCAGACCGAUGUGGAAAAACAAAUUACAUUGGCUUUUCACAAUGCGACAAUGGUGGGAUUCUUCAAGUUGUAAGAGUUGACAGCUAUAAAUACACGGUUUUUACACCCAUUGGAACGAAAAUUACCAUAACACUACACCGAAGUAGUAUGUAUGCUAAAUUCAUGAAUAUAGACAUCGUCAUGGCACCUAAAGAUAAAAACAAUGUACAAGGAUUGUGUGGAAACUUUGAUGGUGAUAUGACAAACGACCUUGUUCACAGUAAUGGUACUAUAUCUGAACUGAAAAACAUAGGAGGUGGUAGUCAUCAUGAAGACUUUGCAAAUAGCUGGCGGGUACCUGACGAAAGGACCCCUAAUUCACAAAAGAAACGUAAUCUAGAAAGCUGGGCGAACUUGAAUGGUAUGUACUGUGUAUGUGAAGAAGGCAAAAGUGGACGGGCUACAGCGGAAGCGUUUUGUUCGAGUACGCAAUAUUUAGACUGUACAAUGAAAAACUCUAUUACCAAAAGUAAAUGUCACAUUCUAAAUACCCGUAAAAGGAGGUCUCCAGGGUCACAUGCCAAAGAGAUGGAAAGACUUUUUACAUUGAUGGAACCAGUCAAAAGUCAUCAUGUCCGAAAGCGCCAAACAAAUGAGGACCAAAUAACUUCUGCCGAGGCCAGCGACAUUUGUUCACAAAGGAUUAAUGGCUCCCUGGCAUUCACAUCAUAUUCGCAUGUGACGGGUUCAGAAAAUCCAUCUGCGGUGAUUGGACAAUGUAUGUUUGAUGUCAAGGUCAGAACUCCGAUAGGUACAAUAAUCGGCAUAUUUCUUCAUACAUGGAGUGAUACAAUGAACAUCGACAUAUAUAUGUCGGCAAAAGAUUUUGGCAACGUAGUCGGUUUGUGCGGAUACUUCGACGGUGAUGUAUCUAAUGAUCUGCUACAUAGAGACGAUAUUAUCAUCACAUAGAGACGAUAUUACCAUUUCUGAUGAUAACAACUGGAGUUAUAAAUUCGCUGAUAGUUGGAGAGAAGCACGGGGAAUUUUACAGAAGACGAAGCUUUCAAAUUUUGUAACCAUUCCAUUUAUACAACGCCAGCAGUUCAGGAAUUUCCGGAUAAACUCUCGAGGAAGAUCCAGAUAAAGUUGUUGAGCAAUGUGUGUAUG